AUGGACGGCCUACGUAUGCCUACGCGUGCUCUUGCGUCGAUUGCGCAACGCCUCGCCGCGCCGGUGACGCAACGUCAGACCGUUCGCUUGUUUGUAUGCAAAGCGGGCGUUAUGCCCGUUCCUCGGCGGCACCGUACCGUGCUGUCGCGACUCAGUAUACGACCUUCGGACUCCGCACUCGGGCCGCUUCUGUACGACGCGCCAAACGCCAGCGGACGGGAUCCACUUCGGGAAACGAUUGAUACAGAUACAGUCUGCGGAAACCCUCACAAGUUUAGGGUUGUGCCCACUCUGAUACCU